ACUGAUUGCAUCGAAGGACAGAAGCUAUAAUCGAUCCCUUCGUUUUCGUCUGACUGGGCGCUCCCUGAGGCGGGUACAGGAAACCCCCAGCCAUGGACGACCUUGACCUCGGAAGAGACGCCGCGGGCGACAGCCUCGCCGAGGCGUACCCAGCCUUGACACAUCUAUCCGACGCUGAGCUGCUGGCAAGCAUCAGCGCGCAUGCUCAAAAGCACGCCUCGGACGUGCAACUAACGCUUCAACUGCAAGCGACUGCGCAGCAGCGACAGCAUGCCGUCGCGAUCGCACCGCUUUGGCUUGCUGAGCUCGAAAACCUGAGGCAGCGCCUUCAGAAACAGUGCGAGGCCAUCUGUGCGCUGAGCCAAGCCAUCGUGCCGGCGCCCGAUCUCGAGGUCAGACGCGCUCGAGGGAGAAUGAAGGGUAGCAGCAGCUCGGAGAAUGAGCGCUUCCAUGCAGAAGACGCGCUUCGCAAACGUUUGCCGUCGUUGCCGGACGCUCAGCUGUCAGCAUUGCACACUCGUGCCAAGGAAGCAGGCGAGGAGUACGAACAGAGCUUCCAUCGCUUCGAGCAGGGCUGGGACCGGAUCAUAGACAGGGCCCAAGGCUGGGCUUCGCUGCCCUCACGAUGGCAUAUAGCCCUCCGCGACCACGGUGCCAGCGAUAUAGGGGUCACGGGUUAUAUCCAUCACAUGGAGCAAACCAUCGAAACCCUGAUGGAAUCGCCCAAGUCUUGGCUCGAAGCUUUAUCCAAAAAUGCUGCUCAAGGCAUGGUGUCUUCUUUGGAAGAUGUGCUGUACGAUCUCGACGGAACCGCACGGUCAAUAUUGCAGUCCGAAAGUGGUGCCCUAGCUUCCUGUACACGACGACCAUCGGCUUCUCCGGGCGUCGAAACGAUCAGGGCCGACGCUUCGCAGGGAAGCGACACUGCGUCACCCUUGAGUCCCCAGAACUCCCUUCGCAGCCCGCUUCAACUUCUUCUGCACGCAAUCCACAAUUACCACGGUGCGAAUGGUGUGUUUGCGUUUGCCAAGGCCAUCUUCAGCGAUGCAGUUCCGCUCUUAGGGCCGUCAUGUGCACGCAAGAGCGAGGUCGAGUCGUUCCUCCUGGAGUUUCUUGACGCGCUGCAGGCGUUGGGUAUCGAUGUAGAUGCCCCCCCUGCCGGUGCAGGAUACGAUGGUCUCCCGGGGGCAUUGUCGAGCGGCGAUGCCAUUGACAGUGAAAACAUUGGCGGAGCAGCGCACAACUUGGUGUGUCCCUCACCGACUCUUGAACUUGAGCUUCUUACCUACAUCAAAGCAUCCAAACAGCGUGCUGCUCAGAGGCGUGUGAGAGCUUCGGAUCAAAGCGAAAAUGGCACGUAUGAUUACACCGAUGGCCCGGACGCCAUCUCGCCACGCUCGCUUUCGGCAACUUUUGCAAGCACCGCGUCCCAGUGGUAUAGCAAUGUUGCAGAGGGGUGGUCGACCUUUCAAGACGCAGCUACCUUUUCGCUGUCAUCCAUCGGCACAGGGAAUGCAUCGUUUCCAGCUUCAAAACAGGCAACCGAGACAUUUAGCCCUGAUAAGGCCAAGCCCAAGAAGCUGGUGCUGUAUGAUGCGAUUCACAAACCAACUGCUGGACCAUCAGCACUAUCUUCCAUGUCGCAAGGACUUUGCAAUUUUCUGACACCUGCAUCGCCCGUCGCACCCAAGUUCAGCGCUAGCUUAGCGCUGCAGCAGCCAGCUCUCAGUGGCGAAGCGAACAGCAGCGAGGGCUCACACCACAAUGGAAGUGAAGGUGGAAGGUCUGUUUUGAAUACAUCUUUCGGCACUCACACAGAGUCAAGCUUGAGACGCCUGGCGGACGGGAGUGAAGGGAUGCCGGAUUCUCCUGUCCGAACGCGCCACGCUAGCAUCCGCACGCUUCCAAAUAAUACUUUAGUCAGCACGCCUACUGUGGCCACAUUCCGGGGCCAAUCUCGCUCCGCUUGCGGCAGCCCUGCGGCGGGAGCAGCAGCUGCGGCUGAGGAAUCCCAGCUUGUCGACCACGCAGCCGAGAAACUGCUUGAGGCACUGGUCAGAAGCUCUGAUGCGGCGCCGGCUUCGCGGAGCCUUCCUUUAGUUAUUGCCCUGGCACGAUACUUGCUUCAAGACCACUUCAGCCGCGUUGCCGAGCCUGAAGCUCACCGCUCACUGAGGAUGCUUAUCCUGGUGCGAUGGUGGGCGUUCAGGCAUCUCAGGGCCAUGAUUUGCGAUCUAUACGCCCUCAGUCGUAACACACCAUUUUCGGCACUGGCAAGCAAUAUAACAGCAAACAAGGGCUUGCGGGUAGAGAUCAAGCUGAUGGAGGAUACUUGGCUCGCGGACCCGGAGAUCAUCGAACAGCUAGCAGCGUUGCAUAGGGCAGUGUAUUCGGCUGUCACAAAAGCCAUCACUUCACAGCCAUGCUCCCCAUGCUCAGCGGCAUCCCGUCGCGCUUUGCAGGCUUUGAUUCCGGAUUCGCGGCCUCUUUUUUCCACACCAGCGUCGCCCCGCACUUCGACCGAGGGACUUGUCCCAGGCUCUCGCAGUUUCACAAUCUCGCAAAUGGAAUUUUCUGCGCUUGCGAAAGUUUUGCCUCAGCUAUCUGGCUCCAUGGCCGAGCUAUCAAAUGCUGCCCAGGGACUCGCACACCAUGCUGCGGUGCUCUUUAUCAACUGCGCUGCUGACGGUGGAAAGGCGCGACUUUCCUUACAACCACCCUCUCGCAUCUCUCCCACAGGCUCCAUCGUAGCAUCAACACGCCAAGGAGCGACCGGCUCGAAGACAAGAAAAAGGUCUGGAACUAGCUUUAGUAAUCCCGGGGCCACGAUGCUGUCCAGCUUUACGCCGAACUCAGGUCCAGGUGGCUCGCGCGUCUUCUCUGGCUGGGGAUCUCCUAUUGGCUCGCCGAUAGAAGUCCCCCUGAACAUGACACAAGGCGCAGGGUUUUUCGACAUCGCCAAGCCGCCAAAUCAGCUUGCAUCUGGCGCUCAGGCGUUACAAUACCUAGAACUUCCGCCUGAGGAUCGAAGCGAUCUCCGGAAAGCAGUUUACCUGCUCGCGCGUCAGCAACUCUCACUCGAUCAGUGGAAAGGCCUGCCCACUAUUAUUGCUGCUCAAGCGUCGUCCUGUCGACGCCAGCGGCAAUGGAGUGACGCGGUACUGUUGGACUGGGCCUCGACCUAUCUGGCUUCGAAUCGCAGCCUUUCCAGAGACUUGCUUCAAGACUGCUUGCUCAGCGCUUACCAGAAACAAUCGGCGCUUCGACUAUUUCGGCGCGCAGCCGAGAUCGCCAUCGUUGCCGCAGAUUCAGGCGUGUGCAGACUGUGUCGCUCUGCCCAGAAUCUGAUGGCAUCUCUGCACGAGCAUCGGGCUUUGGUCUGGUAUGCUACUGCCAUACGGACGGAAAGCAAGGUCCGUGCGACUUGGUUCACUUCUCCGGUGCUUUACAAACCGGAAGAUAUCAAGCAUUGGAUGGAGCAGGCACGGGUGCAAAGCAUGGGCCUGGACCAAGAGACUGAGAGUCUGAUCAUGGCUCUUGAUCAAGGCUUUGGAGCGAUCGCAGGGGAUGCAUCAGAGUUUUUUGAACACCCUAUAUGGUCACCGGAGGCUGUUAUUGCGAAGCCAUUUCUCAAAAAUGCCUCCUCACUGGCUCUCUCAAUUGAACCAUCAGCUGUGGUCCUGAAAGAAGGCGCAUGCACUGCAACUGUGCUGUGCAAGGAGCAGCACCGACCGCCAACACUCACAGGUUUAGAGACUUUCCUUCAAAAGGCCCAGAUGCGUGCGACCGGCUUUUUCUUAAUGGAAAGCCAAGCUGGAAUUUCCAACGCCUCAGAACAGUUCACCGACUCAAGUCAUUUGGCUCGUUUGCGCCCCACGCCCAAAAGCCUAUUGAAGGAGGACGAUCGCGUUCAUUUGUUCCGGUGCAUUGAAUUACACGCAAGCCCAGAUCUCAAGAUGAAAGCCGUGCACAGUUUGCAGUUGCUGGUUGCUACCUCGCUCAUGUUGCGAAAGAACAGAGCCCCAUCUUCAUCACCAGACACACAAAACAAACGUACAGGGCGAGGCACGACCAGCUCUCGGACUUCGGCGUCCUUCCGACCUCUUAGCUUCGUAACCACUAACAGAACAAAUCGAGUCCUCUCCAUGCAUGACGUAAACAAAGUGACAGAGGCUCCUCUCAACUUGGAUGCAGUGCUCGCUAUCGAACAGCCUCAGGCGGGGACAGGAGACGCUCUCAGGACGGUUAAGCCAGAGGAUAUACUCGAGCAACUAGAGGCUGCUUUGUGCGAGACCAAUCUCUCGCAGUGCAUGCUGAACCUUCAGCUCGUAUUUGCCUUCGCGCCUUCUUCGAUUUUGAAUAUACAUGAUCGAGGAAAGGCGACGCUAGACUUGGCUCUAGCAGCUCUGAGCGUUCAGAGAGAUCGCAUUGAGUCAGUCGUAGAGUUUUCGCGGUAAGAACCUAGUGCCUCCGAAGAAUGUCCUGCAUCCCGAUGAGCCAUGUCAGAAAUUGCUCGUGUUGAAUGGAUCAUCUAAAUCCGCGAGCGUGCCUUAGCCACUCAAAUCGAAGACCGCAUGCUGAUCAAGAUAGAAUUUGAGCAUCUAGAACUUGUUGAAUAGCAUUAUCUACGUCGGCUUGUUUACAACUCGC